AUGUCUUCACUCGCCUUAAGAGUCAAACAAUCGCCAUCAUGGAAGUGGUGGUACCUCCUCAUGGUCCUUGGGUUAUUCUUGAUGUUCGUGAGCUUUGUGGUUAUUUUGUUCGUAAAGAUCAAAUUCAUCAAAUCAUCCAUACGAAAUCCAUCUUUGGAUGAAAAGCAUCAUAUAGACCAACCAUCCGCUCGUGCACAUCCUCCCGAAAGUUCUUCUUUGUUAAGGUCUAUGGAAUCAUCGCCAAGAGCCUCCAAUGUAUUGAUUCCGUCGAAUUCAAAAUCCAACACUCGAAUGGUUCCAAUGAAUGUUCUUGGUGAAGAAUUUUAUGCCAUCACCAUUGCAACAAAAAUCAACGAAAAUGCUUGCAAAUUAAUCUAUUCCGCUUUAAGAAAUGGAAUUAAUUUCAAUAUUUUGGGAUUCGGAAUGGAACAAUUCACUCUCUCUCAAAAAAUUGACAUCAUUUCUAAGGCAGUGAAAAAAGUGAAAAAUCCAAAUGCCAUUUUGAUGUUCUUGGAUGCCUACGAUGUGGUUGUUUUGCAACAUGCAGAGGCAAUUGUUUCUAAAUUUGUAAAUAACUUUUCCAAUUAUUCUGUUGUUUUCAACGCAGAAAUGAAUUGUCAUCCAUUUGGUGUGGUUGAAAGUGCAAAGCAACGAUGGGGAGGUGAUAUAUUUUGCCAAAAAGAGUUUCCACCGUCUCCAACUAGAUUUAAAUUUCUAAACUCUGGUGGCUUUAUAGGUCGUCAAUCAGCAUUGAUGGAUCUUUACAAGAAAAUUCUCGCUUUACCACAAGAUAUUAAGGAAGAUUUGUUCGAUGAUCAAGGAAUGACUGCCUAUGUUUGGUUGACUCAAGCAAGAGAUUAUCUCACUUUGGAUUACAGAGGAGAUUUGUUCUUGUCACUUCUUGAAGUCCAAACGAAUGAGAUACUGAUCCGGGAAAACAAUAAUCCUCCUUCUCGUGAAGAAGAUGCCGCAGCUACACAUGCUGAUUUUUGGUUGGAAUUUCAGGCUCACAAUAAUUAUCCAGCGGUUCUUCAUGGAAAUGGUUGGGGUAAAUGGAUUUUGCUUUACAUCCCAUUUCCAUGGAAUUGGAAAAAUUUACAAUUUACAAAGGCCACUGAUUUUGUGUACGUGAAUGGAGAGAAAAAAGAUUACAACUCAGUCUGCCAAAAUCUUAUAGAAGAAUGA